UACACUAGCUGCCUCUAUCCCUUCAACAACAACAACAACCUUUGCUCCAUCUGUCGUCGUGGCCCCAAAACAACUCUUGUACCGUCUCGCAAACAGUAUGUGUUGUAUUCCUGGUUCCUCCUUGACCUCGUGCUGGUUCCUGGGAGUUGUUGAGGUGUUGCGUUUGGUGUCUGUGUAGAGGUAAGCAGAUCUUACACAGGCCAAGAAGAGUGAAUUAUGGCAAUGGCUGACACAAGAAUGCAUGGACGUUUGCAAGUCAUCAGGAACCAUUUACUCUUGCACUCCCCUACUCUCAGAAAUGCUAGCAGCUGUGCUGAAAAAAGUAAAAAGCAAGUUGUCUUCAAUGCUUCUUCUGUCCAAAGCGGUCUGGUGGGGGCGCUCAAAGCAGGCUUGGCUCAGAUAGGUGUGACUGACGUGGAAGUAGAACCACCUCCAGAAGGAAUGGAAGAGGAGUAUGCCACACUUCUUACUCCAGCUGCUGUCAAAUUUGUCGCUGAGCUUACCAGACAGUUUAAUGCUCAAUUUGACCUUAUGAUGAAAGAGCGACUGAGGCGAAAAGUAGAGAUGGAUAUUAAUGGUCAUCUGCCAAGCUUUAUAAGGAAUUUGAAGGUUGAGGAGGGGAGCUGGAGAGUGGCUCCAGUACCAAAGAGACUUGUGUGCCGCAAACUUGACCUGGGGGAUGUGUCCCCUGCGAACACUGACAAGUUUAUAGAGGCACUACAAUGUGAUGUCAAUGGUAUACAGACUGACUUUGACGAUGGUCAUUGUCCAACUUGGUGUGCCCAGCUGCGUGGCCUUCAUAAUGUUUAUAAGGCUGUGUUUGGUCUUUUCCCUGGCGUGGGAGAUAUCGGCAAAUUACCAAUCUUAAUGUUACGUCCUCGUGCCUGGAACAUGAUUGAACACAAUAUUCUGGUUGAUGGGAAGGAAGUUCCUGGGCCUCUCUUUGACUUUGGGCUCCUUAUGUUCCACUGUGCUUCCCGUCUUGUAGCUGCACAGAGUGGGCCAUUCUUUUAUCUCUCUAAACUUGAAGGAGCUAAUGAGGCUAGAGUUUGGAAUAAUAUAUUUUGCUGGACCCAAGAUAAACUCAACAUUCCUCAAGGUACAAUCAAGGCUUGUGUGCUAAUAGAAAAUAUAUUGGCAUCAUUUGAGAUGGAUCAAAUACUGUAUGAGCUUCGCAACCAUUCUCUUGGUCUAAAUUGUGGAAUUUGGGAUUACUCUGCAUCCUUCGUUAAUAAAUUUGGGCACAGGAGUGAUUUUGUUUUGCCAGACCGUAAUAAGUAUGUUAACAUGCAACGUCACUUUCUGCGGAGCUAUAUGGAUUUGGUCAUCCAGACUUGCCACAGACGAGGAGCUCAUGCAACCGGCGGUAUGGCAGCUACCAUCCUGGAAUCUCAAGAUCCGAAUGUUAUAACCAAAAUUACAGAGGCUAAAUAUCGUGAAAUACUUGCCGGUGCUGAUGGCUUCAUGGUGUAUGAUGUGCGUUUAGUCCCAGUUAUGAAUAAAAUGUUGGCCCACGUGGAGAUAAACCAGAUUCACACUCAACGACAGGAUGUGCAGCUUACCCCUGAAGACCUGUUACAGAUGCCCUCAGGUGGUGUGACCUUAGAUGGCCUUAGGCACAAUGUAGCUGUUGGUAUCCUCUUCAUUGAUGCAUGGCUGCAAGGCAAAGGCCACUUCAUUUAUAAAGCAGCAGUAGAAGACUCGGCUACAGCAGAAAUUUCUCGCUCACAAGUAUGGCAGUGGAUCAGACACAGGGCAACAUUGGAGGAUAAUGAUGAAGUUAUCACAAGAAGUCUCGUUCAGCAACUGAUUAAAGACUUCGUAAACUCUGCUGUGGUCUUAGACGACCAAAUGCCUUUUAAGUCAGAUAAAGAUAAGGAAAGAUUACAAGCAGCUGCUGAAAUAUUUGAAGAGAUUGUUACCAAGAGAGACUUUCCCGAGUUUCUCACAACAUACUUAAAUCUUGAUCACACAUUCUUGAGCUAUCAGAAGAAACAUUUAAAGUAGAAAAGCAUUUUCUUCCAGCCAGACACUAAAGUAGUAGUUGGAAAUGCUUGUGCUUGGGUUUCAGCAACAUACCAUAAAUAUAUAUAUAUAUAUAUAUAUAUAUAUAUAUAUAUAUAUAUAUAUAUAUAUUUGUUUAAUGUUAAACUUUUUUACAUUUUAAUAUUGUUGUGGGUUUUUUUCUCAUAUUUUUUGUAAAAGUAUUUGCUUAGAGAAUCAAUUUCCUAGUCAAUGACCAGAGAAGAUAAGCUAGACUUAUAUAUUCUUGAAACGCAAUACAACCUACAAAAUACAUUUGUUACCUGCAGCGUAUGAACUCCUCCAAUUUAUAGAUAGAUUUUGGUAACAAACUGGUUCUGUAUAAUAUAGAUGAGGAUAUCAGUUCAUUUAAGCAAUCAUCUAAAAUCUGAAUCGACAGUCUACCAGGGUAAUAAUUCCCUGCUGAUCAGCUGGGUUGUGAAUUGUGUGUGGUGUAGGCUGUUAUCAGCAGUGGCCUUACCAAUAAAGUCAUUACAGGAAAAGUCUGGUCAGGGGUUGUGAGAAUUGAAGAACUUUCAAACUGGUUGGAGGUAAAACGCAAUGAUAUACACUGUGUAUACUGAAUACAGUAUGUAUAUACUUCAUACUGAGUGCUCACACUAUAACCGAGUAUACAGUAUGUAUAUACUUCAUAGUGAUUAUACACACUGUGUAUACUGAGCAUACAUAGUGUAUACUGUGUGUGUGUAUCAACAGAAAAUACUGAAUGUAUACUGAGUAUUGACAUUCUGAGUUUGUAUGGAGAACCUCUAUUGCUAAAUACUGGUACCUGGGUACUAUAUUAUUGUUAACAAAGGUUAGAUAUUCAUGGCAUAAGCCUGGGUUGUUCUUCGGCAAGUGGAAGUAUUUAGUACAAACUUGUUAGGUGCAUUAGGGAACUACAAUGCAAGUUUCGACAAACAUGGUAGGAUGAAUGAUUUAGAUACAUGAUGUAUCCAGAGGAUUGUUUGUGAAAAGCAAAUAUAUACAGGUAUUAUAAAUAUUCUGAUGAGAAUAUAUAUGCUUUUAUUUUAGAGCAAGAUUAUAGUUAGAAAUUAAAAUUUGAGAAGUAUUUAGUGUGAAGCAUUCACUGAAGAAUGAACAAAAGGAUUUAUGGAGAUUGCAUGACCAUAUGGAUAUGGCACAAUCAUAUGUUCGUAUGGAAUAUUUUGUUAAUGCGAGAUGAUGCAAAAUAUAGUUAUGGCGUUCCAGAUAGUACAAGAUGGCUAGACAACCCCAUAGAAAACAGCGAAUAGGGUGAAUGAAAUGUUUAACGAAAGGAAAUUUAAAAGAUGCUGACAAGAUAAUUCCUGAGAGUUAAAUGGUUAAAACGUUUGUAGGGUAAAUGUGAGAGUACAUGAGGGAUAGGUCUUGUCUGGUGAAUCACCUUGUGUACAACUUAUAUAUAAUUAAUAUAUACAGUAUAUACAGCUUUGCCAAAUACUUAUGGGAUGGCAAGGAACUAACAUGGUGCCAAAAGUACAUAGUUACUGGUGAAUUGUUUAUAUAUACAAUACAUUAAAUAUAAAAUAAAUGUGUAUAUAUAUAAUAUUUUUGGGAUUACAUUUUAUAAAUAAAAUAUUUGGUUUUUCA